AUGGAUAAUUCCGGUCCACCAGAGAAGACCGAAAAUAUUGAAAACAAUGAACCCGAUGUACCAGAGACAAAUCCGGAUCAGAAUCCUCAAGAACAAACAAAUAAUACAUCAAAUAAUAAUGACCCUCCACAAAAUAACAACGAAAACACUCAACAAGUCAAUAUAGAUACAACUGAAAGCCAUUCUUUUCAUAAUCAUUUUAGAGAUGACUCAUUUGAUCGUAUAUUUGACGAAGAAGAAACAAGUUCAUACGAUCAAGAUAAUCAGUCAAAUGCAGAACAAGACAUGGCAAAUGAUGUAUUACGAAUUAAACUAAUUGGAUCUCCAAUGAAACAAGAAUUAGAAUAUUCUGAUUCAGAAGAUAUUCCAACAGCUAAUGAAGCAAACAUGAAAGCAAUUUCUCAAGCUUUAAUAGAGAUAUUAUUAUGGAAACGUUCACUUAUAAUGAUAAUAGUCAUACUUUUUUCGGAACUUCUCUUUGGCUGCAUUUACUUCAUGGAUUUAGACUCAUUAUCGACAUUAGUUGCACUUUUAAUUACGGUUCACACUAGUUUGCUUAUCUUUACUUUACUUCCAAACUGUGUUAAGCGUUGGAUUUUCCCUCCUCUUAAUCAGUCACAAGAAGAAAGCAUUGCAUCAAGAUUUUUCAAAGAAAUUAAAGAUAACGCCCAGAAAUCAAUAGAAUGGGGAAGAAAUUAUAUAAUUCAUCCAAAUGCUAUUGAUACUUUGCUGUUUAUUGGUACUUCACUUCUCUUAUUUACUAUAUUCUUGGUCAUUGGAAGCUUCUGGGCCUUUGUUAUUGGAGUUCAUGCACUUUACAUUUAUCCUGCCAUGAAAUUCAAUUCAAAGCUUAGAAACUUUGUUGGCAACCAAUUCGAAGUUGCUUAUAAUGUUGUCAAUCCAAAAGAAAAAAUUGAAUAA